UACCAGCCUCCAGAACACAAUGGACGGACAGACAUUUGGGAGAGAUGGGACAAACGGAAAAGCCUGGAUAGAGGGCGAAAAAAGAAAAGGUGACGACUUGGGUCAGAAGGAAAUGUUGGUGAUGGUAGAGGAGGGAUGUGCAGGGGGGAAGGAGGGAUCAGCGAAGGUGAAGAUGCAGGAGAGAGGUCACUGGGGCAGCAAGACAGAGUUUCUCCUGGCCGUAGCAGGGAACGUGGUGGGCCUAGGUAACGUGUGGAGGUUCCCCUACCUCUGCUACAAAAAUGGUGGAGGGGCGUUCCUGGUGCCGUACCUGGUGUUUGUGGUGACGUGUGGGGUGCCCUUGUUCCUGCUGGAGACAGCCAUGGGACAGUACACUCAGGAGGGGGGCAUCACCUGCUGGAAGAGGCUGUGCCCACUGGCUGAGGGUAUAGGCUAUGCAGGGCAGUUGAUCCUCCUGUACAGCUGUAUGUGUUACAUCAUCAUCCUGGCCUGGGCUCUGUUCUACCUGGUCUUCUCCUUCAGCGCUCAGCUCCCCUGGGCCAGCUGCUCCAACCCCUGGAACACUGAUGACUGUGUUGACUUCUCCUCUCAAAACCGUACUUUCAAUUGGACCGGACAGAUGAACUCAACCUCUGCAGCCACUGAAUUCUGGGAACGUCGUGUGCUGGCCAUCUCGGGGGGUAUAGAGGAGGUGGGCAGUGUCAGGUGGGAGGUGCUGCUCUGUCUCAUCGCCAUGUGGGUAAUCUGCUACUUCUGCAUCUGGAAAGGGGUCAAGUCAACAGGCAAGGUUGUAUAUUUCACUGCUACCUUCCCCUACGUGAUGCUGCUGAUACUACUGAUCAGAGGCCUGACUCUGCCAGGGGCCCUGCAGGGGGUCCUGUUCUACCUUUACCCUGAACCGGACCGGCUCUCUGACCCCCAGGUGUGGAUGGAGGCCGGCUCCCAGAUCUUCUUCUCCUACAGUGUGGGUGUGGGCUCCUUAACCGUGCUGGGCUCCUACAAUACCUACAACAACAACUGCUACAAAGACUGCCUGUGGCUAUGCUUGCUGAACAGCGGCACCAGUGUGGUUGCUGGGUUCGCGGUCUUCUCAGUCCUGGGGUUCAUGGCUCAUGAACAGGGCGUCCCCAUUGAGGAGGUGGCUGAGUCAGGUCCUGGUCUGGCGUUCAUAGCGUACCCCCAGGCAGUAGCCAUGAUGCCCCUGCCUCAGAUGUGGGCUGCCUGUUUCUUCGUCAUGAUCAUUCUACUGGGUCUGGAUACACAGUUUGUUGCCAUGGAGGUGGUGAUGACGUCAGUAACAGACCUGUUUCCCGCGGUGCUGCGGCGGACUGGGCGCAGGGAGCUCUUCCUCCUCCUCUUUUGUCUCACCUGCUUCUUCUUCCAACUCAUCAUGGUCACAGAGGGUGGGAUGUAUGUGUUCCAGCUGUUUGACUACUACGCCUGUAACGGAACCUGUCUGCUGUUCCUCUCUGUGUUUGAGUCUCUGGCCAUGGGAUGGAUAUUUGGUGCAGAGCGUAUGUAUGGGGUAAUACAGGACAUGACAGGGAUGAGGCCUAACCCCGUCUUCAAGCUCUGCUGGCUCUACAUGACCCCUCUGGUUUCCCUGGUGUCGUUCAUCUGCUCUCUGGUGGAGUACCAGCCCCUGACCUUCAACCGCUGGUAUGUGUACCCAGGAUGGGUGUACGUUCUGGGCUGGCUGUUGGCCCUCUCCUCCAUCCUCCUGGUCCCUGGGUGGGCCCUGCUGCAGAUCUGCACUGGGACAGGCAGCCUUAGAGAGCGUUUCCUCCAUUUGUGUCGGCCAGACCAUGACCUCCCGUUGACCCGGAUGAGAAAGGUUGAGCUGGCGCACAUGACCUCUGGAGCAGAGAUGGAGGUACUCAUGACCGCAGCAGGGGAAACCACGGACAAAUGAACUGACACACGCCUAGAAAAGCUUCUGUGUCAAAGCUCUUCGUAUACUAAACGUUUAUCUUAACACAACACCUAGCUGAACUCUUGUAUCUUUACCAACACGUUGAGAGAAGACCAUUGAUAAUGAACAAUGAUGCAUGUUUCAAUACAUUGUCAUCAUGUUCCAUACAUUUGAAAGGACAUAGCCCAAGCACAGAGCAUCAAGCAACCUAGCGACACUGCAGAUUGUCAUUGUACAAAACAAAACUAUCCCCACUCGAGGCUUAACAUGGGUUACUGGCAGCUCAUGACAUACCUUUCUGAAGUCACUGACUCCAGUUUACAUGGUGGCAGUUGUCAAAUCAAAUCAAAUCAAAUGUAAUUGUCACAUACACAUGGUUAGCAGAUGUUAUUGCGAGUGUAGCGAAAUGUUUGUGCUUCUAGUUCCGACAGUACAGUAAUAUCUAGCAAGUAAUAUCUGACAGUUCCACAACAAAUAUCUAAUACACACAAAUCUAAGUAAAGGAAUGGAAUAAGAAUAUAUAAAUACAUGGAGUCACAUAUAAAAGGUCAUCUUCUCAUUCUGUCAGUUUCUUAUUAUGAAAGACCAUUUUUGGCCAAUAUACAGCAACUCUUUGACUAAUGGCAUUUUUGUAAAUUAGUAAUUUACCUCAACGUUUGCCUUCAAUUACAUUUUUAUAAUCCAUAUUAGACAUCAGAAACAUUGAUACAUUUCCCACAAAAGGAUGUUUUUCUAAAAACAACAAAUUAAAGCAGAUUCAAAAAUAAAGCGUGUUUUGUCUGUCACAUACAUUUUACAUUUUAGUCAUUUAGCAGACGCUCUUAUCCAGAGCGACUUACAGUUAG